AUGUGGUACGUGGCAAAUUUAGCAUCUGCCGAUCUCCUUUUCAUUUCUCUCACUCCUUUCCACGCCAUUAAUUCUAGUUGGCGUUGGGUGGGCGGAAACGUAAUUUGCAAACUUCACGCAUUUCUUUUCGACACGAGCUACAAUACUUCAAUCACAACCCUUGUGGUUAUAGCUUACCUAAGACUCAAAGCUAUCACAGAUCCUUUCAAUUCUAGAAGCCAAAACUUUUCCAACAAGGAAUACAUCAAAAUCGUUUUAAUCUGGUGUAUGUGCUUGGUAAUUUCCUCACCCACAGCAAGUAUGAACAAGGUCGAAACCGAUGAGGAUGGAAAACUGAUUUGCACCAACACCUCUUGGGGAAGCACUGGCAGGGAAAUAUACUACAUCGUACACGCAAUACUUUUCUACAUAAUUCCAUUGUUCUAUAUGAUUGUAACGCAACGAAAGAUAUUCCGCUCUCUUCGAGCGAUUGCUAUUCCAAUGUGCAACUCGCAUAUCAUCAACACAAAUCAAAGACAUAAGAAAGUUGCAAAGACACUUGCAGCUCUUUCUCUUGCCUUUUUUUCUUGUCAGUCUCCGUUUAUGAUUUUUAGACUGCUGAUGUAUUCUAACUUAGUGUCCCCGAGUCUAGUCUGGAGUGUGACUCAAAUGAUGAUAUGUCUGAAUGUGGCACUCGAUCCUUUAUUAUACGGCUAUUACGGAGAAAAUUUGAAGUCUAAGGUGCGACGAUUCCUUCGAUGCAAUUAACAGAACGGGUUGAACUCCGAGUACAUCCCUGUAAAAUCAUCUCAGGCUUCUCACGAGGUGUAUGGGUAACACUUGCCACAUUCUCAUAAAACUGA